ACAUACGUUCGUACGAUGACGAUGAUAACGUCGAGCAACAGUGGUAGAACUCAAAAUAGUGCCAGUGACUUUUAUAUCUCUGCAAUACGAAGUUCUGGUUAUUCAGUUUCCGAGUGUACGCCGAGAACGGUUGAUCUCUCUUUACACCUCAACUUUGUGAACACUAAUUAUUCAGUUACCGUACAUCAUCGCAAUAUCAACUCUCGAACGAUGGCAAAAGACAAUCUUACCGCUGUACUUUACGGAAUCGAGGAUUUACGUCUGGAACAGACACCUAUCGAAGAACCCAAUGACAACGAAGUUCUGAUCCGCAUGAGUUGCGUUGGAAUCUGCGGAUCUGAUGUCCAUUAUCUCGUGAAUGGAAGAAUCGGCGAUUUCAUCGUCAGAGAACCGAUGAUUGUCGGCCACGAAUCGUCUGGGGUCGUUGCUAAGCUCGGAAAAAAUGUGACAAAUUUGAAGGUUGGCGAUCGAGUUGCUAUCGAACCAGGGGUACCCUGCAGAACUUGCAACGUGUGCAAACAGGGGCGAUACAACUUGUGCAAAGAUGUGGUGUUUUGUGCCACACCACCGAUCCAUGGGAGCUUGAGACGUUGGUACAAACACGCGGCCGAUUUCUGUUACCGAUUACCGGACCAUGUGAGCCUCGAAGAGGGUGCAUUGCUGGAGCCUUUGUCCGUAGCAGUGCACGCGUGUAAACGUGCCGAAGUAGGAAUAGGCUCGAAAGUCUUAAUUACCGGAUCGGGGCCAAUAGGACUCGUUUGCCUUCUGGUAGCCAAGGCUAUGGGUGCGAGCAAGGUCGUAAUUACAGAUAUUAUAGAGGACAAACUGAAGGUCGCCAAAUCGCUUGGAGCUGAUGAGACAUUCCUUGGCAGUAAGGAUUUGUCCGAGGCCCAAACGGUCGAGCGCAUAACUCAACUGUUUGGUGGACAGCCUGACAAGACCAUCGAAGCUUCGGGUGCAGGAGCAUCGAUACGCCUAGCGAUUCUCGUUACGAAGUCUGGUGGUACAGCUGUUUUCGUAGGCUGUGGAGCACCAGAAGUUCAAGUGCCACUUAUCAAUGCUCUAACGAGGGAGGUCGAUCUUAGAGGAGUGUUCCGGUACGCUAACGACUACGAAGAUGCCCUCGAACUCGUCACUUCCGGAAAAGUCAACGUAAAGCCACUGAUAACGCACAACUUUACCCUAGAAGAGACCAAGGCAGCGUUUGAGACAACAAGAUCCGGAAAGGCUGGGGCGAUCAAAGUCAUGAUUCAUUGCUAGUACUUAAUACCGAAAGGAGAUGAAUUUUUAAUCACGAAAGUGAAGACCUCCUCAAAAAGUUCUUUUAGCUGAUAAAAUUAAUAACCUUUAAUGGGUGUAAUUAAAUAGGGGAAUUAUUAUUGCAAAAUCCAACCAUUUGUGGAUACUUGCAAUGUUGUAAAUAAUGUAAAUUAUAAGAAUUUGUGUGGUAAAGCCUCAAACGAGAAUCAAUGCCAAUUUGAAUACAUUUUAACUAUUCAGUCACUAAAUUCUCUUUAUACAAGCAAAUACAAAUAUCUUUGAAAAACA